AUCACAACCUCUUUCACUCUUUUCGAACGAGAUUUACCACGUGUAAGUGUCGCUCCCAUCUUUUUUAUUCGAUUGUGUUUCGAUUUCGUUAUUAACUCUUUUACAUACAAGUUAUUACGAUGCCACCUAAAUUUGACCCUAAUGAAAUCAAGAUAGUCUACCUAAGAUGCGUUGGAGGUGAAGUAGGAGCAACUUCAUCUCUGGCUCCAAAAAUUGGUCCACUUGGCUUAUCUCCCAAAAAAGUUGGUGACGAUAUCGCCAAAGCUACCAGUGACUGGAAGGGUUUGAAAAUUACCGUCCAGUUAACGAUUCAAAACAGGCAAGCUACAAUUUCGGUGGUUCCAUCUGCAGCAUCUUUAAUCAUUAAACAAUUAAAGGAACCACCUAGAGACCGAAAACGUCAAAAAAAUAUUAAACACAACGGAAAUUUAUCAUUUGAUGAUAUUGUUUCCAUUGCUCGGUCAAUGAGACCAAGAUCUAUGUCCAAGUACCUUAGUGGUACUGUCAAAGAAAUAUUGGGGACUUGUCAGUCAGUUGGCUGCACAGUUGAAGGUAGACCACCACGAGAUCUGAUUGAAGAAAUUAAUGGUGGAAAGCUCCAAGUCCCAGAUGAGUAAUAUGAUUUAUCAUAAGGAGUAAAAAAUAAAACAUUUUUAAUAUGAA